CUUUACAAUGACGUCUCUAUACUCGCAUUUUAUAACAAGGCCUGCACAGUCACAAGCCCAGUUCCCCUGACCUUCUUCGUGCUUCCUAUGGCAAGAAGGCUCCUUAAUAACUGCGUGAAAACUCGGUCCGGACCGUAAACAAGCUACGUCUAAUUUGAUGUGGGCCUCGUGCCGGGCUGACUUGUCGACGGUACUAGUGCCGUGCAAGUGCUCGACGCCGCGGAGGUGGAUGGCCCCCGCAGACCCGGGCUCCUGGCGCAGAGCCACAGGACUGUGCGCCUGGCGCACAGCUGGUGCUGAAAGUGGUGAUGUCUUGCCAGGCGUUCUGUAGCGUGGUGAUACGGGAUAAGGGAGGCGAUCCAGGCGCUCUGUAGCGAGGUGGUACGGGAUAGGGGAGGUGGAUCGACGCACCCAGCAUGCACGGGGAGGCGGCGGCGGCCCAUUUAUCCGGCAAGCUGCUCACUCAUGAUCAUUAUAUAGAUCAGCGCUCCGCACAGGCUGCAUGACCAAUGGACGCCCGGUCUGUAAGUACGGUGAGGCGCGAUAAGAGGAACACAGCACGCAGCGAGAUACGUAGCAGCUCCACCAAGCUGCACAUCCAUGCACCAGCGCCGACCACCGUGCCGACCAACGCCACCAUGGAACCGGCAGUCCGCUUAGUCCUGCUUCCCCUCCUUCCACGAAACGCAAUGCGAAGGGUGCACAUGCAUAGGGCGCGUCAGAUGUACGCCAUGGAGGUGGAGCCGGCGCCCGCAGCGGGCCCGGCGCCGCGCGGCGGUAGCGGCGGCCGCGGGCGCACCACAGCCCAGCGGCCGCCGCCGUCCCCGCGGCUCCCGUCGCCCGACCCGUCAUUGCGGCGCAGCCGCCGCUCGGCACCAGCGCCGGUACCAGCGCCGCUGCCGCAGGCGGGGCGUCCGUCUUCGCCUCCGCCGCCAGCAGCGCUCCGGCACACGCCGCUGCUUCCACUGCCGCCGCCGCUGCCGCCGCCACCGCCGCUCCCGGGGGCACCACCACCUCCACCGCCUCCUGGCGGUGCCGGCGGGCCUGCCGCCAUGUUGGUGGAUCCUCGGUCGGCGUUGGGGCGGCGCAGCCCUCAGGAGGCCGACGGCCUCGAUAAGGCCCCUGCCGCCACGCGCGCGGACACCCGCGCCAUCGGGGUCGUGGGCUCUGGCCUGCGGGCUGGCUUCCUGUUGCCGCCGGCUGGGCGGCGGCUGGCGCCUUCGGUGGCUGGAGCGGACGGCGGCGCUGCUGCGCGCGUGGGCAGCUCCCUGGCUGCAGGAGGCCCGUCUGGCGGUGGUGGCGGCGAGCCCGGCGGUGGUGCUGGGGCGGCGGCCGUGGGCCCGGACCCUGAUAUGGGUGGUGGCUAUGCGACUACGGGACCAUCCUGUCCGCGGCGGACGUCGUGGCCUUGCUGGCUGACCACGAUGAGGCCCCCAGCCCCGGCACUACCUUUGAGGCGGUCUUGCAACAGCGAGCGUUACCUUCGAGGCGGUCCUGCAGCAGGUGCUGUGGGAUGCGAGUGAUCAGUUCGCGGUGUGCUGUCGUGGCACUGGGUGCACUCUGAUCCUGAGGUCCCUCCGUGGGGACGUCCGCGCCUGGGAGCGGGAAUGGGUGGCAGACGGUGGCCCUCCCGUGUGCCCGCGCGGCCUGGUGCCGCAGCUGCUAGAGGUCGCGGACGCGGAGUUGUUGCGGGCGCUCUGGGAGCGGCCCUGCUAGUGUGCUGACCCGGUUUGGUGGCGUGUUGUGCGUGUGCGCCUGCGUUUGUUUGUGCGCCGGCGGUUGUUCCUGUGCGAUAGCUGGUCUGCUUUGUUGUGGAGGUCGGUUGGCUGCUGCCUGUGUGCCCCGGCUUGCGUGAGGCCCGUGCCCCGGUUUGUUGCGGGUGGGGGCUGUGUGACUGCGCGUGGUCGUGCGCCUGCUGUGGUUCCCGUGCAGUCGCUUUGGACUGCUUCGUUGCUGGGUCAGUUCGCGCGGCCGCUUCGUUCAGCGUGCGGGCGUGACGGUCGGGUAGCUGCUGCCUGUGUUCCCUGGCCUGCUUGGGACCCGGGGCCCGGCUUGCAGUGUAUUGGUCCUCCCCCCCGAGCCGUUUGUCCUGGUUUGUCUUGCAGUAUGAUCUCGAAUUCUCGAUCCAGCGCAAGGCUGCUCCAUCUAUGCUUAUCUGCUUCGAGUGCAGGUCUCUUUCUUUUGACUCGGGUUGGUUGGCGUGCCCGGGUCCCUGGACCGGCGCACCCUUACCCCUGUAUGGCACGCCAGUAUGCCGGUAUCGCAUUUCACCGGCAGAGCAGGGUUAACCGGCCCAUUCAACCGGGUUGAGGGGAUGGUGUCACGGUUGCAUUCCGGUGGAACGUGGCACUAAUAUGUUUCUGAGAGAGUAGUUACAAGA